CUUUGUUAAAAGUUUGAAGUUUGCUGGUUUUCAAAACGAUGCAAUGACAAAAUAUGGGUUUCGCGUUUGUUUGAUAGCGACAAUUAAUUUUGGCGUUUGAUUGAUGUCUUGCUCGGUCAAGAAACCAUUUUGGUCGAUUUACUCGACCAAGAAUCUUGCUCGGUUAAUCGAAAAAUUUGAUCGAUCAAUUGCACCACUACUUCUUGCUGCCAGUUGUGGUUGUCAGAUGUAACUUUCCGUCUGAAGAGAGAAGACUUCCUGCAGCGCUUGCUUUCGGAACUCGAUAUAAAGCACGAUUCGGUUUUUUUCGUGUGGUUGCUGAUCUAGCCUACACAGAUUGUGAGUGACUGGAUUGGAAGUGAAUGUCGGUAGCUACGGAGUUGAAACCCUAAGUAUCAGUACAUCAAAAUGGAAGAAGAAAGUCGAGUACUUGGUGGAGGUAGAAGUCAAAGCCAAGGUCACAUGGGAGGUGGACGUCGAGGAAGAGGCCGAGGAAUAGGUGGAUUCCAAGGUCAAAAUGACGUUCGAGGUAGAGGUCGAGGCGCAGCUAAAGGUCAAGGUCAAGACAGAGGACGUUUAGGUGGUGGAGGUCGAGGUGGAAGUCAAAGUCAAAGUAGAGGUCUUGGGAGAGGCCAAGGUCAAGGAGGACGAGAUCAAAGUCAAAGCGGGUGUCGAGGUGGGGUGAAAUCUGAAGGUUCCAAAUCCAGUGCCAGCAGUAACGCCAAGGCGAGAGAGACUAAGGGAACUGCGGGUAAGAGAGCGGGUCGGAGUGUCGGAGAGAAAUGUUUACGAGAGUGGUUCGGGCUCAAGGAUAAGCCGUCCGAGCUUGUUCCCGCUGUAAUGUCCUACUUACCAGAGCUGGGAGAUUUUCUCGCGUCCACGUCUGUUAUACAGUUGCAUUUGGAACUGUUGUUCGUAGUUUUAGGGGCGUUUCUCAAAGUCAAAGGCUUCCACGAGUGCAGUUUCACAUCGCUUCUCAGAAUUUUGGCAGACUCCGAUUUCUUCAAAAUUCACUCUCAUUUGUACCUUAAAAGGCAUUCCAAGAGCUCGCACUGCACCCCAUUUGUAGAAACCAUCCUUGGCCUUAUGGUACAGGUAGGCAAACUCCUACCUCUGAAGGUCCACUCCCUGAACAAACUGUUUGCAUACAUUUCUAAAGAGUUUUCUUCGGUGCCAGGCAUUUCCACGUUACUGACUGAAUGUAAAACACAGUUUGAUUCUGCUAGCACCCGAACGAAGAAUCGAGCCCGUUCGGAGAGCCAGAAGGGUCAUGAUACCGAAGAGCCGCCUGAUGACAUUAUGGAUCUUCCAGUACUUCCCACUAAGGAAGAUCUCGACGCUGGCGUCCGGCCGUUUCUUCGGGCCAACAGAGUCAAGGGCUGCUUCAAGGACAACAAGCACUACUUUGACGUGAUCUUCCGUCUGGUACGGGAGGAUUUUAUUCAACCUCUCCGUGAGGGGUUGGAGCAAUACAGACUGAGAGGAGGCCUUUCGGGCCAUGAUUCUAAUUUGAUGUUCUAUGACAAUGUGAGGAUAGUUGGUUUGGAAAUAAACAAUGGUAUUGAGCACAUCUUGUCACUGGAUAUGAGCAAACUUCAAAAUGUCCGCUGGGACAUGGACAAAAGGCUAAUUUAUGGCAGUCUGGUGUGCCUCUCACACGACGGCUUUCAUACCCUUAUCUACGGUGUGGUGUCCCAGUUUGAGCGGGGAGAAUUGAAAAGAGGCAUUUUGAGAGUGAAAUUUGCUAACUGUUUGGACGAUGUGUAUACAUUUCCAACAGAAUCCCGACUCCAGAUGACUGAAAGCCCGUCUUAUUUCGAGGCUUAUCGGCACGUGCUCGAAGGCUUGAAGGAAAUGUCAAGGCAGAAGCUACCAAUGGCAGAGCAUUUGGUCCAGUGCAGUACCAAAGUGGCGCCACCGGCCUACUUGACAAGUGGUACGGAGUACAACAUUCGCAGUGCCAUGCGUACUGGGCGCCCUACGGCGCCAAGAAAGUGCAGUCUGCUCAACAAGUUCUCGUGGCCUGCACAGUCGGAGACGUGUUUGAACGAGCGCCAGUACCAGGCUGUGAAGAUGGCUCUCACAAGCAAGUUGGCACUUCUGCAGGGCCCUCCCGGAACGGGGAAGACCUACGUUGGUCUGAGAAUAAUGGAAAUUCUGCUAAAAAACACGGAGCAAAGAUCCGCGAAUGACACCGACCCGAUUCUUGUGAUUUGCUACACAAACCACGCCCUCGACCAGUUUUUGAAAGAGAUGCUCGAGUUUUGUCCAGAUGGGAUUGUGAGGGUGGGAGGCCGAAGUUCUAGUGAGGCACUGAAAAGUUUCAAUUUAAAUGUUUUACGAGAAAAGCAUAAACAGAAAAGGAGGAGUCACCAUAUGGGAAAAGCUCUAUUUCAUUGCUAUCGAGAAAUGAAAAAUAUUGGCUCACAGAUUGAAGCAUUUGCUUACAGAAUGCAACGAGCACAUCUGGAAAUUCAGCCAGAGUCUGUUCUAAGGGCAUUCAUGAACAGCAGUCAGUAUGCUUCUUUGACGAGUGAUCAGAAUAUGAAAGGAAGAAAUGUAAUGAAAACAUGGUUGAACUGCUCGACUCGCGACCUGGACACACAUCUGAGAAUACAGACCGAAGAAAGGUUGGCAAGCCUCAUAUUAACAGGAGGGGACAUGAGAGACGAGGAGGAACUACAAGGGAAAGAUCUAGAUAAGAUGCAUGCAGACGUGAGAGCCCGCCUGUACAGGUUCUGGGUGUACAACGUGUGCGAGGCCGGACAGCAAAUGGACGUGUCCGCUUUCAUGCCGGACGCAGUACUCUGGCCCUUCAUCAAGAGGAAGCUGUUUGAACACAUCAAGGCCCGUUUCCCCAACUGCCAAGGUCACAGUGUAAGGGCGUGGCUGCUGGGUGAGAGCUUGGUGGACAUGCUGGAUACGCUGGAGGAGCUGCAGAGCCAGGCGCGGCGUGUAAAGACCUCUGUGCUGGAUGACGAGGAGGAGUACAGGCGGACCAGGGACCAGCGGCUACUGGCCGACGACUGCGAUGAGAAUACUGACCAGAAAGCCACCAAGCCUAGGGAGAGUAGCAUCAUCAAACGGGCGUACUUGCUUGGCCUUGAUGUUGCAGGGCAAACUAUGGGUUUGUCUGAGGAGGAAAGCGAGUGGAAAACUGCCAGAAAGCCUUUGUCGUUUGGUGCCAUUGUGAGAAAACUGAAGUCCAGUCUCGCAAUGUCUGAAAGCCAUACCAGUCAAGUGAGCAACGUUUGGCUCUUGCCAAUGACGGAACGGUUUCAGCUGUACAAGUACUGGCUAUCAAAGCACCUUCGACAACUGAAUGGACAGCUGAGAAAAUACGUCCAAGAAUAUGACGAGCUCUUAGAGCGUAAAUGUGAAAUGCAGCAGACAGAAACUGUUUCAAUUUUGAAGGGAGCAAAAAUCAUUGGCAUGACAACAACAGGGGCUGCCAAACACAGGAAGGUCCUACAGGAAGUGUCCCCGAGAGUGGUGCUGGUAGAGGAGGCAGCCGAGGUGCUGGAGGCUCACAUCACCACAGCCCUCAGCAAACACUCGCAGCACCUCAUACUCAUAGGGGAUCACCAGCAACUUCGACCAAAGACAAGUGUCCAUUCAUUGGCAAAAGAUUUUGACCUCGACGUUUCCAUGUUCGAACGGCUAGUCAAUAACGGUAUUGAGUGCGUACAGUUGACGGAACAGCACAGAAUGCGACCGGAGAUUGCUGAGUACAUGAGGCACAUCUACCCGAGCCUCACGGAUGGCGAGCGAGUGAAGGACAGGGAAGGUGUGAAGGGAAUGAAGGAGAGCGUUUUUUUCAUCACUCACGAGGAACCAGAGGCGGGGAUGUCCCAGUCUAAGAGCAAGCUCAAUCACCAUGAAGCAAAGUACUUGAUCAGUCUGUGUCAGUAUCUGGUUCUUCAGGGUUACUCCCAGGAAGAGAUCACCAUUUUAGGUGCCUAUGGGGGACAGAUCACUCUGAUCAAAGACUACGCCAAGGCCAACAAAAAAAUUGCUGACGUCCGAGUGUCCACUGUGGACAAUUAUCAAGGAGAGCAGAACAAAAUCAUUCUGCUGUCUUUGGUGCGCAGUAACAAAGGAGGGUCUGUGGGGUUCCUCAGUACAGACAACCGGGUGUGCGUGGCUCUGUCACGUGCCCAGUACGGCAUGUACGUCGUCGCUAACGUGGACCUGUUGGCCUCCAAGAGCGCACUGUGGCGCAAGAUCCGAGCCACGGCGUCUGACAACAAAUGUGUCGGGAGAGUCCUCGAGCUGAAGUGUCAGAGGCACGGGCGAGUGACGAACGUGACGUCAGUGGAGGACUUGGAGAAAUUGAAGGAUGGUGGGUGUGGCAAGACUUGUGGCCACCAGCUGGACUGCGGUCACCUGUGCCCUUCUGUGUGUCACACGGUGAGCCACUCACUGCUCAAGUGUAACUAUCCGUGCAGCAAGAAGUGUAAGGAGGGACACCCGUGCCCUGCAAAAUGCUUUCAGAAAUGUCCCCCAUGCAAGAGAAAGGUUUCCCGGGAAUUGCCCUGUGGUCAUGUAGCAUCUAUUAAAUGCAGUGAGAAACCACACAAAGUGUCAUGUCAAGAACCCUGCCCCAAGGCCUGCCACAGAGGCCACUCUUGUGCAGCUAAAUGCUCUGAAGUGUGUCCUCCUUGCGAGGUGAAAGUGAAAAAAUUGCUGAGAUGUGGCCACAAAACAGUUGUGGCGUGUAGUGCUGUUUACCUGUCACAUGUUUGCGUUGAGCCAUGCGCAAUACAUUGUCCUUGCGGUCACCCUUGCGUUGCGAAGUGCUCACAAAAAUGUCCACCUUGUUCCACUCGCGUCAGCUCUCCUCGAAGAAAUUGUAGCCAUCUCGUAACUGGGAAGUGCUCGGACAUCGCGUGGUUAAAAGCCAGCCCGUGCAUGGAUCCGUGUGAUAGGGUCUGCCCCAGGGGUCAUCCUUGCCACGAGCUGUGUCAUGUUCCUUGCCCGCCGUAUAAGACAGAGGUCCAAAUAUUGAAAAUGUGUCAGAAGAAAACUGUCAAAUGUCACAAGAUAGCCCCAAGGGUAACAAGAACUGAGAGUCUGAUCGACGAGUUCAACUCUUUGCGCUUAACUCCUGGGUAGUGGGGAACACAUGGAGCACCUUGCAGUGACUUGAGGCAGGUCAUAGUUGAGGUUUUAACUUAGAACAUGUGGCAGUGCUACCGUAGACUUGUAUCACAGUAUCCAGAGACCCUGAACUCUGUCACAAUUCCGGUUCACCGUAGAUUGCAUUUUUUGGCUCUCUGUUCCAGAUAGAUAGAGAGAUAGAUAUAUAGAUAGACAGACAGAAAAACAGACAGGCAGAUAAAAGGUAGUAUGAAAGACAGAGAAGGAGACAAAGGAUAGGGGAGGGGGGCAACGGUUUGUAAGUAAAUUGAAUAUUUAUUUGUCUUUCCAUCUAUCCUUCGGAUAUAUUGUAUGUCACAAUAAAUACAUGCAUACAGUGCACCUUUUUCCCCGGCGUCUGUGGUGCAGCGGUUAGGCGUUUCGCUGUCGCACGCAGGAGACCGGAAUUCGAUU